UAUAGUGAACUUGCUAAGCUUUUAUUUUUGGGGUUAUUAUGAUUAUCAGUCAACGUUGCACCUUUAUAAUCGUAUCCUUUUGUUUUGAAUCGGUCCCUUAGUCUUUUGACAGAUAUUUUCAGUGUCCGUAGUGCUUGAGGAUGGAUGCCGGAAUAGACCACCAGCUAGCGGAAACAUCUUCCGGCGGAUCCGAGAAAGUUGAAAAUGUCCAGGGAUUUGAAAAUGGUCGAAUACAAGUCGAAAGUAAGAAACAAUCGCGUUUGAAAGUGGCUACCGUGUGCAUCCUCUGCUUUUUCAAUCUCACCUACUAUAUGGAUCGGUUUGGUAUCGCUGGCAUUUUGCCGUCAAUCCAGUGCGACCUGGGGGCAAGUGACAAACAGGGUGGUUUACUUCAAACCGCUUUCAUUGUACCUUACGUCAUUUUUUCGCCUGUGGUCGGUUACCUAGGCGACCGAAACUCUCGAAAGUUGAUUUUAGUGGCAGGGAUAUUUUUCUGGUCCUGCGCCACACUGACUGCCAGUUUCAUGCCCAAUUUGUGGUCAUUCAUUCUCCUUAGAUCACUCACGGGAGUCGGCGAAGCUUGUUUCAGUUCUUUGGCGCCGGCAAUCAUUAGUGAUCUCUACGCCAGUAACGUUCGCUCCAAAUUUCUAGCUAUUUAUUACUUCGCUAUUCCGGUCGGAAGCGGAUUGGGUUACAUUGUUUUUGCUGAGGUCGGAAACGCGACCAACGACUGGAGAUGGGGACUUCGGGUGACGCCCAUUUUCGGAUUCAUCUGCGUCGUUUUAAUCCUGCUGUUUCUACAAGAUCCGCCGCGCGGAGAAAGUGAGGGUAGCCGGAUGAAAACCACGUCUUGGAUGGACGAUAUCAAAUAUUUCGCCACACAUGGAAGUUACAUCUGGAUCAGCGUUGCUUCGACAGCUGUAGCUUUUAUUGCUGGAGCGUUCGGCGCAUGGGGUCCCAAAUACAUCACGCUGGGACUGAUCACGCAACAGGAAGGGCAAACAGAAGAUAUUGGUGACCUCCUCGGCAGAGUCUCGCUGAUUUUCGGAUUUAUCACGGUAGUAACCGGUUUGAUGGGCGUGGUCGUGGGUUCAUUGAUGGGAACAAAGUUGCGCGGCAAAUACCCGACGAUCGAUCCUGAAAUUUGUGGGUUUGGAGUAUUGGCCAGCGUACCGCUCAUUUUUGCAAUGACGGUACUGGCCAGCGGUCCCGAAGGGCCCACUUACAUCACCUUCUUCUUCGGCCAGUGGUUUCUGAACUUAAAUUGGGCCCUUGCCACCGACAUGUUGAUGUACACUAUCGUUCCUACGAGAAGAUCAUCCGCUAAAGCUAUCCAGAUCCUCUUAAAUCACGUUCUGGGCGAUGCCGGAAGCCCUUACAUCAUCGGAUUGCUGUCAGAUGCGUUUAAACCUCUCGUGGAAUCAGGCCACAGCAGCACAAAGACUCAUAAUGCCACCACCAUUUCGUCAUCUUUGUGGGAUAGCCCAGUCGCAAGAGAACAAGAUUGCGAUUUGUCGCCCAUCGACGUCACUACCGCAGAACGAGAUUUUACGGCAUUGCAGUACGCUCUGUUUAUCGCCUUAUUCAUCCAGGUACUGGGUGCUUUUGCUUUUAUUGCCACUUCCUGGACGAUCAUUGAUGACAAAGCGGAAGUGGACCGAGUGGCUGCCCUAUCCCAACGAAAAGACAGGAACUCUGAUCAGCUUGAUUCGAUCGUCGAUUUGUCUAGCGAAAAAUUUCCAGUAUCGAUUUCUACCAUCACAACUAGUGAACAGACAGGACCGAUAUCUACUAAUGUCUCUUAAAUGUUAUAUCAUUGAUCGAUGCCCGAGAAAUAUUCAAAUAAUAUAUAUUUUAGACCAGUUA